CUGGCACUGAAAGAUCCAAAAGCGAGUUUGUUUCAACACUAACUGAAUCUAGCACACAGUACUAUCGUCAUUGUCAAUAAGCAAGAACAUUGAAGAGUAAGACAUAGAGUGAUGGAGGUUGGAAAGAAGAAGAUGCUCAAGUCUUUGAUCUCAAAGGUGAUGAAGGGUGUUCCGUUCUUGGCACCCAAUGGAGCACGUACGAGAAGGGUUUGUUAUGUCAGUGACAUUGACGAGGAAAGGGAAAAUGCGACGAGGGUGCCAGAAGAUGUUAAGGAAGGACAUUUUGCUGUUAUUGCAAUUCACGGUGAAGAGACCAAAAGGUUCGUUGUUGAGUUAGAUUAUUUAACUGAUCCUGCUUUCUUGAAGCUGCUGGAGCAAGCCAGUGAAGAGUAUGGCUUUCAACAAAAGGGUGCACUUGUAGUUCCUUGCAGCCCUCAAGAACUUCAGAAGAUUAUAGACAACAAACGACUCAAUGUCACUUCCUAAUUAACACUCUGUCAAUAUAUCUUGAGCUGUUACACAUAUCUAUUCAUACUUUUCCCCUUUUUUCAAGCAUCUGGCAAAGCUUAUUAGACAUCUAAUGGCUUUACCUAUUGCCUAUACUCCUUUUUUUUUUCAA